AUGUUGGCCAACAUAAUAAGGCAGUGCAUGUCCGUCACAAGACUCGCAAAACCACAGACAACCCCCUCAUCAAUCAUACAGAAUGUCGGCUUUCGAUCUAUACACUCAUCUUCUACACAACUAACAUGGGGAGGAGGCAAGAUGAAAUCACAUUCGGGCGCAGGUAAACGAUUCUUUCCGGUAGGAAAACGAAAGGUUCUCGAUCCACAACGUCCUUUUGCCAAAAGUAUAGGAUUUGGAUUAGACAACAGGAUAAUGUAUCCCCCCGACGAAAUGGGCAAUACAAGUUUUCCGACGAGAACGAUUGGCGUGAUGUACAAACGUGGUCAAACGGGAAUGCGACAUUUGAACUCUAAAAUGCGUUCUUCACGUAGGAUGAGACUCAGAGGUACGGUAAUCGAACGUAAUGGACCAAAAGUCAAAGUUCUUUCUCGAUUAAUCGGAAAUCGUAAAUGA